CAUCCGGCUCCGGGGUCAGCGGCUGCCGCUCUGGCGGGACAGGGGAGAAUAAAGUUUUACGUGGAGGGGGGGCAGUGGCCGUCCUCUCCCAGCAGGAGCGAGCUGCUGGAUGUAGAAGGACACGUCGUUCACACGGAAAAUGCCUCUAAGGGACAAGUGUUGUCAGACUGACCACCACCACCAUGGAUGCUGUGAACCAGUGCACCUGUUGGAACCUGGUGAUCCUCCGUUGCUGCAACAGCCUCUGCAAACAUCAAAAUCUGGUAUUCAGCAAAUCAUUGAGUGUUUUCGAUCAGGAACGAAACAGCUUAAACAUAUCUUGUUAAAAGAUGUGGACACCAUUUUUGAGUGUAAAUUGUGUCGGAGUCUCUUCAGAGGAUUACCAAAUUUAAUUACUCAUAAAAAGUUUUAUUGUCCUCCAAGUCUCCAGAUGGAUGAUAACCUCCCAGAUAUAAAUGAUAAACAGAGUCAAGCCAUAAGUGACCUCCUGGAAGCAAUCUAUCCAAGGGUAGACAAGCAAGAAUAUAUCAUUAAAUUGGAGCCUAUAGAAACUAAUCAGAAUGCUGUAUUUCAAUAUGUAUCACGGACUGAUAGCCCAGAUGAGAACAUAGAAAAUAGUAGUACCCUUGAUCAAGCUCCAGUACAGAUACAGGAACCCAGCACUGAGCCGCCCAAGACUGUUUCAGCUCAAGCCCCAGCCCCAAAUGGAGAGACUGUAGAGUUACCUCCAGCUGAUCCUGCUACAAACAAGGUGAUACCUACUCCUGAAGAACAGCCUCCGGUAGUAAAUCCUGAGCUUGACUCUUCGGAUAAUUCUGAUUUUGGUCACCAACUGAUAUGUUGCCUUUGUAGGAAAGAAUUUCAUUCCAGACGUAGUGUACGCCGGCACAUUCGAAAAGUGCACAAAAAGAAGAUGGAAGAGCUGAAGAAGUUCAUAGAAACAAAAAAGAAACCGAAUCAGUGCUCUGUGAAAGGACGGAAUAAGAAUGUUCUUGUAACGUUAGGUAGAAGUUGUCCUGUAUGUUAUAAAUCAUUUGCAACAAAAGCUAACGUAAGGAGGCAUUUUGAUGAAGUUCAUAGAGGAUUAAGAAGGGAUUCCAUUACUCCUGAUAUAGCUACAAAGCCUGGGCAGCCUUUGUUCUUGGAUACAGUUUCUGCUAAAAAAUCUUUUAAGAGUCGAAAACAAAAGUCGUCUUCAAAGGCUGAAUACAAUUUAACUGCAUGCAAAUGUCUUCUGUGCAAGAGAAAAUAUAGUUCACAAAUAAUGCUGAAAAGGCACAUGCAAAUUGUUCACAAGAUAACUCUUUCUGGAAAGAACUCUAAAAGAGAGAAAGGACCCAACAAUACUGCCAAUGGAACAGAAAUAAAAGUAAAAGUUGAACCAGCAGAUUCUGUGGAACCUUCACCCCCUUCCAAUGCCCUUUCUCCACAGAAUGAAUUAAAGGGAACAAAUCAUUCAAAUGAGAAAAAGAACACACCGUCGGCACAGAAAAACAAAGUUAAACAGGAGUCUGAAAACCCUAAAUCAACUUCUAAAUCAACCUGUAAAUCAACCACUAAAUCAACCUCUAAAUCAACCAAUGCAUCUGCUGCAGGUGGCCAGCAAAAAACCAGGAAGCCAAAACUUUCAGCUGGCUUUGACUUCAAGCAGCUUUACUGUAAACUCUGUAAACGCCAAUUUACUUCUAAACAGAACUUGACAAAACACAUUGAAUUACACACAGAUGGAAAUAACAUUUAUGUUAAAUACUACAGGUGUCCACUCUGCUCUUAUGAAACGCGUCGCAAGCGUGAUGUGAUAAGGCAUAUAACUGUAGUUCAUAAAAAGUCACCACGCUACCUUGGGAAAAUAACUGCAAGUUUAGAAAUUAGAGCAAUAAAAAAGCCAAUUGAUCUUGUUCUAAAUAAGGUGACAAAAAGAGGCCCUCAGAGGGACGAAACAAAACAGACUGGUUCAAAACAGGAUGUCACCUCUAAUUCUCCCAAUAAAAAGUAUGAAGGAGCUGAUGUUGGCAUUGAAGUAAAAGUAACAAAAAACUUUUCUCUGCACCGAUGCAAUAAGUGUGGGAAAGCGUUUGCCAGAAAAGCUUUUCUAGAACAUCAUAAGAAAACUCACAAAGCAAAUGUGUCUCAUUUACCUGAAGAAACUAAAACCAAAGGCAGAAGUACAAGAUCUAAAGCUGUUGUCUGAUAGGUUCAAGUGAUGUUCGGAAAGUUUGGAGUUCAUUUGAAUGAAAAAGACUUUAGCUUGUUGUUGGAAUCGCCAAUAUGUUGAUAAUGGUACUAUGAGAAGGAAAUACUUUCAUAAGCUGUUUUCUUACUAAAUUAAGAACCAUUCUGACUGCUUGUAGUGCCUCCUCCCAAAACACUUGAAGUAGUUGAAAUGCACAUGUGCUUCUAAAUUAGCUGUUUGUUGUCUCUAUGCAGUUGAGGUUUGACACAGUAUAGAGCAAACUGAAAUUAAAAAUGGACAAAUUAAUGAACAGCUGCUUUGGAAGAAUUUUUUUUUUUCCUUGCUUAGAAAAUCAUCUUCAGAGAGCUCAUUGUGCAGACUGGUCCUCCCUGGUAGUGCUAAUUGUUGAACAGGUCUGACUUUUCUGUGAUAUCUUACUUUGGCACAUGUUACAUUAUAUACUGUUUUAAAUUUAUUACAAGUGAAUGUAUGUAUAAGAGCAAACAAUGUAGUGUGUAUUGGCUGAGUUGUACUAAUUUCUAGUAUUUGCCAUAACAUCAGUUUGUUCAUAUUGACUAAUUUCCCAGUUCUGGGACAUCUGAAUUUACUGUACUGAAGUUGCUUCAAAGGUUUCCAUUUUGUUUCUGUAUGUGGCUUAUAGGAAAACUUUGUAAACAUCUAGGAAGUUUACAAAAUAUCCACAUUCCUCUAUUCUUUAAUUUUUUAAAAAAUAAAUAUACACAAGCACUUUAAUGAUAGUUGCAGUUUAUUUUUUCAGUUUAUUGUUUGAAAGAUCAACACACUAAUGUUAAAAUGAAGGUAGUGAAUAUUUGCUGAUGUAUUAUAGACAGACAAUCUGUGCACAACCACUUAUAAUAUUAGCUUAUUUCAUUAAAUAUUAAUAAAAAGGGAGGAUAGUAUGGGAGAAACUAAAAAUAUUUUUUCUCUCAAGAUCAUAAAUGACCACUGUAGGUAGCACUUGACUUUGUGUAAUUCGGAAAAUGUGUUAGAUACCUUUUUUUUUUUAACCUUUUAAUCAAGAUUGUAGUAAAACAGUCGCAUGCCUACCAUUAUGAAAUUCUUGGUGGGUUUCAUGCCUCAGUGUUUUGAGGGCUCUUGUUUUGUUUUGUUCUGUUUUUUUUACUUUUUAGAAAAUAUUUUGUUUAGUGAUUUGUGUCAAAUUGCUACAAUUGGAAAGGUAUUGUACAUCAGAAGAAAUACCAUGCUUUUUAUAUAGGUUAACUCCCUUACUUAGGGAGAUGCCUCAUGCUCAUAUAUACUUUUUGUAUAAAAUAUAUCUUAAAAUGUUGAUCACGAGAUCAGGAGUAAAAAUACUUUUAUGAAUAGAGAAAUAUUUGGCCCUGUUAGUGCAUUGCACUAAAAAAUACUGUGAAUGGGAACUGGACUGUAGCUGUUGCUCAAAUUGUUCUAUAUUGAAUGUACAUGCUUUUGUUUGGAUAAAUGUACUGUAUUUCACGGAAAAUAAAGCAGACUGGAAAUCACUUUUCAGUGUGCAGAAACAAAAAGAUGUUGUGUUUGUAAAACUGGGAUACAUAUCACUCCACAAUUGGAAAUUAAAAUGUUUGCAUUUUUGUAAAGUUUUACUCUUUGAUCACUGAAGCUAGAUGUUUGUAAUAUUCUGUUGUAAUAAAUGUGUUUUUCUGUUAUUAAAAGCUUGGCACUUGUGGAGUGAACACUUCUCCACACUGAUGGUUGACCAUUGCUAUAUUUUUAGAAAAUGCUUGUUGAUACUGGUUUUUAUUACUUGUAGAAGUAUCUCUUCCUUAACUGAGCAAAGCUUGUUUUUAUUAUCCUUGUAAAACAGAAGUGAAUAUUAAUACUGAAGGAGAUACAGGCUAUGAUAUGGUGUUUUGUUUUUUUUUUUUUUUUAGGAAAAGGUUACCUAGUUUUGCAUUGCAAAUAAUGUUGGUGGCUAUCUAAUGUCACUUCUUUUUAUAGUUGUAAUAUAAGAAAAGAAUGGCCAUAAUCUUUGUUUAUUCUUUUGUAAAGGGAGACAUCAAGCUAUUUAUGUAGGUGUGUUUUAACUGAUGUUUCUGCAUGCCUGUGGAUUAAGAUUAGGAAAUUAAAAUACAGCUGUAGUGACAGAAUAGCUGUCCAUUUCUCAGCUAAUCCUGGUGGUUUCUGCUGACUGUUCUGGGUAAGCACACAGUCUGCAUCUUGAAAUAUCUGAAGGUGAAGUUAAUCCAAUUUCAAAGGUAAGCUUUCUUCUAAAGGAUCCCCAGUUCUGCAUCCAUGUAGGUAAACAGGUACAAAAUUGUUUUGUUCUACUUGAGGCUUUUGGUAGCAUGUUUUUUCUUAAAGAUGUGGCUUAAUUUACCAUUUCACAACUUUUUAGU